AGUUCGUUUGUUCCGUAUAAAAAUAGAGAAUAGUAGAUCAGUGACAAAAGGAACUUAUUCGAUAAGUUCGUUCGUUCAUUUUAUUUCCUUGUGCAUAGCUGUAAAAUGUAGAUUAGAAGUAUUUUCCAACACUUAAUGGCGGGACUUGCAGUGGCGUGGUGACAUAUUCUUGAAAAGGCAGUAGCAAUGAAUGAAACACAAGUGCAAGUUGACCUGCUGCUGGCUGCUGGAAAUAUGCUUGAAUGGCACGACAAUUGUGACAGACACAAGCCGGGGCUUUCAGAGCUGACUGGAAUCAGUCAACAAUGCAGAGCAACAAUGAGCGGUCUCAAUGACUACGACUACCAGAGUUUGGCGAGCUUAAUUUCGGACCCUGCUUAUAAACUCAAACAAUUACGGACUGUGAGCAAAUCAGCAAUUCCAAAUGAAAUCUUGGAACAUUUUAAGCAUAUCAAAUGUCACUGUACAAUGGGACUAUUUCCUGAGAUCGGGCGAGCAUGGCUGACAAUCGAUUCGGAAAUAUAUGUCUGGAGUUUUGGCAGUACUAAAGACAUUGCCUAUUAUGAUGGUCUGAGCCAUUUAAUUGUCAGUGUUGGCUUGGUUAAGCCCAAAGAUGGUGUUUUUGUAAAGGACGUUAAGUACCUAAUGUUGCUCACAACCCCAAUUGAGGUAAUCAUAUUAGGCGCCACUUUUGGAGAAGAUAACAAUAAUAGUGGAGGAUCAAGGCUGCCACAAAGUCAAAAAUACAGUCAAAUGCAGCUGAUGAAUAAGCCCAUUUUUGUCCUGGGCACGGACAAUGUCUCCAUAAAUGUUAUCCAGGGCAGUGAGGAUGGUCGUAUCUUUUUGGGUGGUCGGGAUGGUUGCUUAUAUGAAAUUUAUUACCAGGUGGAAUCAAGUUGGCUUGGUAAACGAUGCAAAAAGAUAAAUUUAUCACAGGGUAUUGCAUCCUAUAUGGUACCAAGUUUUUUAAAACUGUUCACGGAGGUUGAUCCCAUCGUCCGAAUUGCGAUUGACAACAGUCGUAAAUUACUCUAUAUUCUGACCGAGAAAAGUUCUAUCGAAGCUUGGGACAUGGGUACGAAGUACACAAACGCUCGACGACUUUGCAAAAUUACUCAAAGCGAUAUUGCUGGCCAAGCUAUCAAUUUAAUCAAGACGGUCGACCCUUCAAUCUUCAAGUGUAUCAAAGCCAUUUGCCCUCUCACGUUAGAUGAUUCCGACAAUUUGCAUCUUGUGGCAGUAACACAAAGCGGAGUACGUUUGUACUUCUCUACCAAGUCAUUGAAUUUUCAAAAUCAGCAAAACAGCCCGCUACAGCCCUUUGGCAUUAAUCAGCCUUUUCCGCCUCCAACGUUUCAAGGAGAACGUGAAUCACCGAACGGUUUGUAUUUAUUGCAUGUCCGUCUCCCGCCUGGCUAUACUCCCAACUCGACUACGAAUAAGCCAAAGCAAGUGCACACAGCACACUAUACUGAUGGAACUACAUUUUUGGUCACGACGCAGCAACAAGAGCAGGACCUACUUUGGUCGGUCAGCUCUGCACCCUUCACCGGCUUUUCAUACCUCGUCGAGUCCACUGCAUUGGAAGCAUUGGACGGCACAGUGUGGUCUUUGUCGGAGUACCCUGAUGCGUUCAGGCCGCAAAGGAAGUCGUUGCUCAAAAAUGAUCGUGUUCCUCGAAAAAUUGCUCUGCUCACUAAUCAGGGAACGCACAUUAUAGAGCUGCUGAAGUCUGCUGAUAUUCUGCAGCAGGUCUUGCUGGCUUGCAACGGUCCACAUCAUGAAGCUGUGAAAAUGUUCUUUCAAACACAGUCAGAGCGAGAGGCAUGCGCCACUGCCUUGUUGCUGGCGACAUCAGAUGAAUAUUUGGGCGGUGACAUUGCCAUGUGGGCCGCCCAGGCUUUCUUGCUGUAUGGCGGCGAACCGUGCCUUCAAAACAAUUUGAAUGCUGUCAAUCGUAAUCUGCAGAGCCCGUCUAUGGGCGCCAGCUUUGGCAGAGACCGUCAACUAAGAUUUAUGUCCACACCAAUGCCAGAUAUGGGCCAAAUCAGUCCAUCUGGCUGCCUAUCAUCUGCGGCGAAGUCCAGCCUACCACUUAGCCCUAUUGAUCAUCCGCAAACCUCAUUAGCCCCUGGAAAUGACAACAGCACAAUUGUAUAUUCGGCCAAACAUGAUGGUCUGUAUUUAUAUGUGUCCCGCAUGCUGCGAUCCAUUUGGCAAAUGCACUGCGUAAAUGAAGAUCUCUGCUCUACACUUAACCCUAACGAUUGCGCGCAACUUCUAGCGGAACUGCGGUCUCUGCGAUGCUUUCUGGAAACCCACUCUGUUCAUGAUCUUUCGUCUACUACCCGCCUGCCUUUCGACAGCCAUUUAAGUAGGACUAACGGCUAUAUAUCACUUGCAAUGAUGGCUAACAAUCGGAAUAUAACAGAGCAGGCGCAAAUCGAGGAGAAGCGAUCCCUUUCAGCGCUUAAUCAUUUCAUUAGGCACGCUUGUGAGGUAAUCGCACUGUGGAGCAUUCUAAACGAGCAUCAGUUUCAAGUUCUUUGCCUACAACUUACUGCCGAGCAUCAAAAAAUGCUGCGAUGCUGCACAUUUAGGGAUUUGUUACUAACCCGCUCCGAGGUGUGUGCAUUCCUAAUCAUCGCACUUAUUAAUCUGUAUCUGAAAGACAAAGCGAGUCUGAACGAAGUUUCGACAAGCUUGCGCGAAUUAUGCCCCAAUUUAUAUCGACAUGAGGAUGCCAUCACAUACAAGGCCACUGAAACCCUCCUGAGUGCUAAAAGCUGUACUUCUGCAUUGGAAAAGGAUCAAAAGCUUCGCACCACACUACAAAUGUGCAAAGAUGCGGCCCCCACCCUGCCAUUGCAUAGCAUUUGUCAGCAAUUCAUCGCGGCAGGCUUUUACGAGGGGGUUGUGGAUCUUUCUUCAACGUGCGCUGCCAAAAGCGAUCCAGAGGACAUCGGUAUACAUUAUUAUAACAACGAUGAGCCCUCAGACGACCGCGAAGGCUAUACUUGCUUCUCAACACGAAUGAAUUAUUACAAGGAGGUGCAAUUGAUGCUCGACCAUAUAUACCAAUCAGUCUGCAGUAGCAACAUGGAUCAAGAUAGUAAUAAGACAUAUCAAUCUGAUUGCUUUUCAGCAUUGGAAGCCCACGAUACUGAAAGUGGGCCAAAUCAGAAAAUAGCAAAAAUCGUUGCGCAAGCCUUGCGAAUCAAGGAUCCACUGCUGCAUGUGACCAUAUAUGAGUGGCUUCUCUCGCACGACAUGCUCAGUGAAUUGUUGGAUAUAAUUGAGCCUUCACUUGGCGAGUUCUUGCGCCGCAGCGUUAGUCGCAAUCCGGAGAAUGUUAAUUUAAUUGAUCUGCUGUGGAAGUAUUACGAGAAAAAUGGACAUCACUCGCGUGCAGCACAAAUAUUAGAUAAUCUUGCCAAGACACGCAGUGAAAAUAUAUCGUUGGACGUGCGAAUUGAAUAUUUGGUGCGCGCUGUUAUGUGCAUGCGAAACGAGAACGUUGGCUCCUCCAUAACGAAUGGAAUAUUAUUAAAGGAGCUGGAAGACAACUUAGACAUUGCACGCAUUCAGAAAGCGGUAUUGGUUGAUAUGAUGGUGUUGGCACACACAAAUCGAGAGGCUAGUGUGGCUGUGAAGGAACUUAACUAUGCAUUAUAUGAUAUAUCGGAGCUCUAUCAGAACUUUGCUGUGCCAUUUGAUCUUUGGGAGUGUCAACUUUCGAUCCUUAAUUGCUCACACCAUAACGACGCGCUUCUGAUUGAAUCCGUGUGGGGUAAUAUCAUAAAAUCUGUUGUGGAAAGCCCAGGUUCGACACAGGAGCGCAGCACCAGGCUAUUCAGUAAAAUAGAGCUACUAGUUCGGGAGUUUGGCGAGUCAGGAGCUUGUUUCCCAUUUGGUUUCCUAAUACGGGAGCUGGAACUAAAGGCUUGCCAGCUACGCCUUCGUGAGGGUACAGUCCCUGAAAAAUUAGUCGCAAUGAACUUGGACGUUGAACUACUGCUGGAAUACUACUCUAGAAUGAUUUCGAUCAACGAAAGAAUAUGGGCCAACGAAGGCAACGAGUGGCAUCUAAUCCAGUCCGCCGUAAAGGUCGUUUCACUCCUUGCUGAUAAUCCGCACGCAAUCUGGUAUCGUUCAAAACGUCGCAUUGUUGGAAAAGCUCAAGAUAUUGUGGCUGUUUGUUUGAAUAUUUGCUACCAGAAGCCGGAUACGGACAGAUUACAGUACUCCCUCAAGGAACUUCAAAGCCGAUUGCAACGUCUAGUUGGCUAGUGCCAUCGAUCAGACUAAUAGCUUAUUUUCAUGUAUAUUUUAUAAGAUCAAAGAGUAAGCGAAAAUGUCUUGAACAAACAUUUUAUUAAAGUCUAUUUAUUGUUA